CGUGUUUUUUUAUUUUGUCUCGAGCGAGCGAGCGAUCGAUCGAUCGAUCGGCGUCGAGUGAGCUCUUCUUUUUCUUGCGGAUCAUCUGCUCGGAGCUCGCGCACCGCAAAAUCUGGUGUUGGCAUCGCAUUGUCGCCGUGUGCGAGCUUUUUCUUCGCUCGAUUCUUCGCCUUCUCCACUCGCGACGCGGGGCGGCGACGUGGGAUCUUUGCCAAGGAAAGGCGAUAUGGGGGAAGUUCACGUCAAUGGCACAGCCAAGCUGAAUUCCAAAGCGAAUUCCAACGGGAUCGCGGCGCUGGGCAGCAACAAUCACCGCGGCCUCUGGUUCGAGGAGGAAAUCGAGGAUGAUCUGCGCUGGGUGUUUAGCGUCUCUAGGGUACUCCACACCGGCAUUAGCGAGUUCCAGGACAUCGCCUUGGUCGAAAGUGGUCCCUUCGGCAAGGUGUUGAUCCUCGAUGGAAAGCUCCAAAGUGCCGAGGCCGACGAGUUCGUCUACCAUGAGUGCCUCGUCCACCCUGCAUUGCUCUAUCACCCCAACCCCAGGAAUGUCUUCAUAAUGGGGGGUGGCGAGGGGUCCACUGCUCGCGAGGCACUCAGGCACAAGAGUGUCAAGAAAGUUGUCAUGUGUGACAUAGAUAAGGAAGUUGUGGAGUUUUGCAGAGCACAUCUCACCAUGAACCACGAAGCAUUUCACAGCAGCAGGCUGGAUCUUGUCAUUAACGAUGCAAGAGCCGAGCUGGAAGAAAGGCAGGACAAGUUUGACAUUAUCAUUGGCGAUCUUGCCGACCCGGUUGAAGGUGGCCCCUGUUACAAGCUCUACACUCAGUCCUUCUACGAACGGGUUGUAAAACCCAGGCUUAAUGCCGGUGGCAUUCUGGUCACUCAGGGAGGCCCCGCUGGUAUUCUAACGCAUUCGGAAGUCUACUCGUCCAUUUUCAACACUCUGCGCCAAGUUUUCAAGUACGUCGUCCCUUACGCAGCUCAUAUCCCAUCCUAUUCCGACUCAUGGGGCUGGAUCAUGGCCUCGGAUCAUCCCUUCGCCCAAGUCAGCGUUCAAGAGACGGACUCGAGGAUCAAACAAAGGUUUGAUAGCGAGCUCCGGUUCUUGGACGGGGAGACACUGAGCGCAACUCUGGCUCUCAACAAGCACGUCCGGCAAACCUUGGCCGGAGAGACGCAUGUCUACACUGAAGAGAGCGCACGAUUCGUGCACGGGCAUGGAGCAGCGCACAGCGCGCAAUCCUGAUUUAAUACCCGGGAUUUUGUAUCGGCUCAUAUGUACAUUAUAAGUCGAAUGAAUGGACUUUUAUAACUUGCAAGA